AUGACAGAAGAUUUAAUAAUUAAGGAAAAGGGAUUUCGUAAGUUAAAUAAAGAACUUGAGCAGAAAGCGCACGAUUUAAUGAAAAAAAUAGAUUGUGUUAUUAACACUUAUAAUAAUGGAUGCUUGACUUGCAAUACGAAAGAAUAUCAUACAAAUUGUAUGAAAGAAAAAGCAGAAUAUUCAAGAAGUAUAACGAUGCACAAUGGAGAUAACUCUCAGGUUUCGGUUAAACGAAAUUCAUCUUUACCACAUGUUUUCAAUCAAACGACGUUAACUUUAAAAUCAGAUGUAGAGUCACAAAAGAGUGAUGAAGAUGAUAUUUUUAAACAAAGAAAUUUGGCGAAUAAAACUGUUGUUAAUUUGUUUAAAGUUAAAGUAGAUAUAUUACAGAAUGAGCUACAUGCAAUGCAAAUGGAAUAUAAAAAGAAGUGUGAUAUUUGCAAGAAUUUGGAGUCUGAAACUAAAAGAACCGAGAUUAAGUUACAGACUGAAAUAGAAUCAUUAAAAGAGACAAUCAUAAAAUUAGAAAAUUCCAAUAAAGAAUUACAGUGUCAAUCACAUGCAUUAAAUAUAGAAAACUCAAGCUUGAGAAAAGACUUGGAUAAACUUCAGAAACAAAUAAAAAUAACAAAUCAGCAAUACAACAAUUGUAUUAUGAGAUUAAAUAGGUCUUUAGAAAGUAAUGAUAAACUUAAGAGUGUAAUUAAAUAUUCUGAAAUAGAAGAAAAGGAAUUAAAGACUCAAAUUAGAAAACUACAAGAAGAUAGAAGAGUGACAGUUAACAAUUUAGGAAAGCAACUUUCAGAAUUAGUCCAAGUAUUUAGAAAACAAAUGUUGAUCAUAGAUAACUUAAAAAAGCAAAAUGCAUGCUUAGUGGCAGUUGGACAACUGAAAUUGACAAAAGAAGAUUUUUCAAGAUUAUUGGAUCAGAAACCUGAAAAUUUAUGA